UGUAAUUUUUUACAAAAUUUUUUUAAUCUCAGAAAGUCAAAAUUUAGUCAAGAGGGUUCCUGUCAGCCUUCUUACCAUCUUCAAAAAUAAUACCUGACCACUGGACAAAGAGUGUUGAUAUUUUCUUUCAUCAACAAGCUGCUCUCAAGCAGCACAUCUAAUCAUUUGGAAUCUAACCAUUUUUUCAUUUGUUGUUUUUCCUCAAGUUCAUUUAAAUUUUUAAUGAGCCAGGGAAAAUGACUGUUGGUGUUACAUUUACAACUAGAUGAAGUAUGCUUUUAGGCAUAAACCGUGAUAUUGUAACGAAUAAAUCAUUCCCUGUGCAAGAGUUGGUCAAUUAAUUUAUUGUGCCCAUAGCAGAUCAUAUAUCAGCUCUUAGGUUUAAAUUACUCUACUCUGACGAUGGAUGAGAGAAAGAUGGUUAAUUUUAAGCAGGAAUUAGUUCAUAUUUUAUUGGUCAACUGCUGCUUGUCUCAACAUGAUGCAUCAGUGCACCACUUCAAUUAUCCUUUUUGUUUGAAAGAUACCUAAAAACUUUUUUACUUUCAAUUUUGAUUAAGGAUCAGAGUUUUGGUCUACAUGUAAAUUUUCUGUCAUCAUAUUUUUCGGUGCUACAGUAACUGACAUUUGUCUUAUGAAACAGUGAGAUCUGGAUGUCAUUUAUUAGCAAUAAAACCGCCACCAACCGUUGUUAUCUAUCUAUCUAUGUAUUAUUUACUUCUUGUUAUGUGACGAAGUUUUCACUCCUGCUUCAGUUUUACAGCUGUUUCUAUUUUGCUUGUGAUAGCAUAAUCAAUCGCUUCCUACUUCUUUAUAACUAGAAGAAGAACAGAGCACCUUCCUUGUAGAUGCAACAAACUUGUUGUUAAAUUACAGUUUGAGUCGUCAAAAUCAAUUUGACAAUUUAUAUGCAGUCUUCUUCUUGAUAUGCAGUUUUCUUCUUGUUAACGGACAGUUUAAGCCUGUCUUGAAACAUGCUAAAAGGUUUUUGGUACCGCAAGAUAUUUGAAGGUGGCAAGAUAUUGCGUUAACAUAGCGUACAGAAGCACUCUUUGGAUUAUUCAAUAGAAUAAAACCACAUUUUCCGCGAGCCACGGCGUAUUGAAUUAACCAAAACGCCCAAGUUAAAUGUGAUUUGACAAUUUGUCAACUUUUGCUCACAAAUCCAGAGUGUGCCAAAACAUAUAGUGACGACGAUUUCAGAAUCAUUGGGCAGGCAAGGUCAUCUUUUCAUCUAGAAGUUUUGGAAUCUGUUUACAUCAAUAAAAAGGAUCCCGACCUAUGUAGACAGAAAGAGUUCGUUUUCUCUCUUGGACUCUUGAACUAGGUGAGAUGUUAGCGGUCGAUGAUUGGUACAAAAACAGAGAACCAAUCAAACGCACCUUUCUUCAUCUCAUGUUACUUUCGAUCCACACCUGGAGAUUUAUAAUUUUUCUGUUUACUUUCUGUCAUUAUCCGACGUGUUUACUUUGAAUUGUCGGACGAAAAGUGCUUCAUUGUGCUGUGUUUCUGCUAUUUCGUUCCAUCUUCAAACACUGAUAGGGUGGUAUCGCCAGUAGCAAUCCACAUACAAGCAUUUACAAGCAUGUUAUGUAUUGCGAGUGUUCAGUGCAUGGCUGAUUGAUUUUCCAAAUGCUUGAUCGGGAACACAACGUGUCUACCCAAUAUCGUUCAAUACGCAUCACCUGUCGUCAACACUGGCCGUUACAGCGCUAGCUUGCAUGUAAGACUUUGCUAUUUUGUUUAGAACGGGUAACUUAAUAAUCCAGAUCGUUGCAGCAUAAUAUGUUUACUUGAUUCCCGACUCAGUAAACAGCAGACCAGUGACUUUAGCUAGUCAUGGUUAAAGAGUUUCUUACCGUUGGGAUGCUAUUUUUUGCCAAUUUAGAAGUAUUGGAAUAAUGCAUCGUGCUCGCAAAUGUUACAUGUGUUGCAUGAUGUUCACAGUUGAUGUUCAUAAGCAGCCGGUUACGAUACGCGACAAACAGGAAUUCUGUUACAGUCGAUUCAGCAGAAGGAUCAUUCAUAUUCGCUUCGAAAUUGCUGCAAGUUUUUUGACAGUGUUGAAUCGCUGAUUUCAGGCCAGUUUUACGUAGCCAAGAGACCCUUUAAUCAGGUCAUCGGAUUGCUUUCUUUCAUAUCGAUCUCAGCGUCCAAGAUUUUUAGCAGUCGACUGGCGAGCAAAUUCUCUUCAUGGUGAUGACCUUUGAGAACUAAACGACUGGAGUUCAAAUACCAAACUGAAAAUGCGCAUAAAAUUCAAACGAUUAACGCGUUUGCUGGUGCGCCGAUCUCUAAAGAUCUUGGCAAACGACGACAGCGAUAGUGAGACUGACAAUGAAGAUGACCUGACGGCAAAGUCGCUUUCGAGCAAGCUGGAGGACCUAAUAACAUGUAAUAAUCUUGUUAACAAUCAUGGCGCAUCAUUACAGAGAUCGGUCGGUGAUUUAGUGGACAAGGAAACUCGCUCGUCCACCGAAUCGGUAGAUAGCAGAAGUGGUAAGGAUAUGCAAGACGUUAGCGGCAAAUUGAAGAAUAUUAAUGAGAAAUCACAGCUGUUCAGAAUUACCUCCAAUGCUAUGAUUAAUGCUUGCAGUGAUUUUCUGGCCCUUGCACAGGCCUAUGAAAAGAAGUUCCAGAAACUGUUAAAUCUAGAGCGACAAAGAAGACAACGGCUAGAGGAAACAGUCGAGACCCUGGCAAAGCAACAUAACAAGCUGGAGCUAGUUUGCAAGAAUGUGGACAUCCGCAGCAAAUCGUUAUCAGUCGUAAACUUACAUCCAAACAACUCGGCAGUGUCCCGAAGCCCCGGUGGGACGAUCGAGUAUGACGAAGAAGAUGAAGACGACCACGAUGAGUUUUUUGAUGCAAUGUCCGAGCAUCCGGAGGCGUUUGGCAUGGAUCGUGGUGAAAAGGCAAGGAAAGACUCGUACGAAGAACAAGGGGGUAAUGAUCCGUACUCGGAUAUUGACGAUUCCAGUGACACUUUAUCAAUAAACUCAGCUGUAGCCUUUCCCAGCGAAAAUGCAGAGGAGUUUAAGAAGCCUACUGAAAAUAAAUCACAGAUAAGACGAUCGAUUUCUGAGAGAAAUUUGGAGGGGGUUGAUCAUCAAGAACUUGGACACAGAAGGGCAAUUUCAUACGACCUUAGAGGCCAAAUGCCGAACCUUGUACCGUCAGCGACUGACAUGUCAAAGAAAGUCAAACGUGUCUACCGGACUAGAAUUUUGGAGAAGCCUGAUGUUAGUAUUAACUUGUGGAGCAUUAUGAAAAAUUGUAUUGGGAAAGAGCUUACGAAAAUACCGAUGCCAGUUAAUUUUAACGAACCACUUUCAAUGACACAAAGGUUAACUGAGGAAUUAGAAUAUUCGGAUAUACUGGACCGGGCAGCUUCGUGUGAAUCGUCACUUGAGCAGAUCUGUAAUCUGGCUGCAUUUACUAUUUCUUGUUAUGCUUCAACAGCAGAUAGAACUGGCAAACCGUUCAAUCCACUAUUAGGCGAAACCUACGAGUCAGAUAGAUCUGAAGAUAUGGGAUGGAGGUCAUUGGCAGAACAGGUCAGCCAUCACCCCCCGUCAAUAGCUCAUCAUGCAGAAGGAAGAGGAUGGACUUUGUGGCAGAAUUUCACAAUGAGUAGCAAGUUCAGGGGGAAAUACCUACUUGUUUCUCCGCUCGGUACAGCUCAUUGUAAAUUUACCAAUUCUGGAAAUCAUUAUACUUGGAAAAAGGUUACGACUACUGUAAACAAUAUAAUUGUUGGCAAACUGUGGAUAGAUCAGUCAGGAGAAAUGGAUAUUACAAAUCAUACGACUGGCGAAAAAUGUCAUCUAAAAUACCACGCAUACAGUUACUUUUCAAAGGAGAAGCCGAAAAGGGUUACGGGUUACGUUGUUGACAGUCAGAAAGUAACUCGUUACGUAAUUUCUGGAAUCUGGGAUCAGAAAGCAGAAUGCGCAAAAGUCGUCUAUAGAGACCCGAUGUUAAAGCCUGGAGCCAAAAUACCACAGGGAAACCCUGUUAGCAAAGCUGGCAACCCCCAGACCCUUCCACCAACUAUGCUCUGGGUCAAGAAACCUCUUAAGCCUGAGGCUUCCUUGAUGUAUAACUUCUCAGGAUUUACUUGUUCGUUGAAUGAAAUGGAAGAUGGAAUUGCACCAACGGAUUCUCGUUUGCGACCGGAUGAAAGGAUGAUGGAGGAUGGAAAUUUUGACAAAGCCAAUCAACUUAAAUUGCAAUUAGAAGAAAAACAAAGAGUAAGGAGACGGAAAAGAGAGGCCGAAGCAGAGGCAGCUAGACGUGCAGGUAAAGUUUAUGAGGAAUACACUCCUACCUGGUUUGAAAAUACAAGAGACGAUUUUUCAGAUAGUGAAAUUUUUGUUUAUAAAGGAGGGUAUUGGGAAGCAAAGGAGAAAAAAGAUUGGGAUGUGUGUCCGGUCAUCUACGAACUUUGAAAUUCUAAUGGUAUUUUUGUAGGCUGUUAGUAGGCCCUUUCGUUCCUUCACAUCUAAUUCAAGUAUCCUUCGUCCUGCUUCGUUGUUAAUCACUACUUAGUCAACUUAAAUUCUUUACUUAGGUAAAAACGAUAUCACCUUCUCAUUGCCUUAGAUUCUGAAUUGCAGAGCAUAUUACUUUAAUUAGCGUUCUUGUACAGAGAGACAUAAGGGUUACCUGAUGUUGUGAGAAAAUGUCAUUGGCCAGUUUUGUGUACAUCAUAUCUGUGUACACCUAACAAUGGGUUUUAUUCUGAUGAAAUGCCGUGAUAAAAUAUAUUGGUCUUGCGAUCUUUAGGAACUGUAUAUCUAAACUGCAUUUAAUUUUUAAAAAUACAUAGGCAUUUUCAUAUUUUGCACACAUGCAAAAGCCAUAUGCAAAGUAUAUAUUACUGUUUGAAAAUUGCUUCGACAGUCUCCAUGAUUUUUACAAUUAGUUAAAUAAGUUAUAAUGGAAAGGAAGAAUAUUUGUAAAAACAGUUGCUUUGUCUUCUUCCGUAUAGGCAACUUAUGAAAGGUGAGGAAGGAGAAAUUUGUAGAGUUCUUUUAAACAUUUUCUAAUUGUUCCAUCUUGAAAAGGAAUUUGUUUUUAUCUUGUUGAUUAGGUUUCAAAUGUUAAUUACAUUUGACAAUAGCAUGUGUGAGGGAUCUUGAUGUAGAAUCAAUAUUAAAGUUGUUGUGGUCUCGUUGUAAACAAAUUGAUUUAAUGCCUUUUAACCUUGUGUGCAACCGAAAGAAGAUGAUAACAUGCCUGCAUGUGGAAAAACACUCAAAAGAUACAUUUGUCACUACCUUCGUAGCAGGGGUUAGAUUUGCAACACCCCUACAUGUUUUGGAGACCGACAGCUGCACUGGUGCUCUUGUACUUGGACGGGAUUCCAGGAAUAGAGCCAUAGUAGACGAAGCAUUUCCAGACAAGUUAGUUAAUGGUGUUUUAUUAUGGUAUUUUUUUCUGCGCAAACCAUACAUAGAAGAAAAUUACAUCAUCAUCAGAUAUGAAUCUAACCUAUUUAUUCCUCGCAGUGGGUAGGGCUAUGGCCUCAGGGGGUCAGAACGAGAUCUAAUUGCCAAUAGUGACAUUCCUAAAAAUUGUAUAAACUCAAACAUCACAGGCGUGCAACAAAUUUAAAUUAUCUGUUUGUGGAAAAGCAAUUCACAUACAAGGGCGUAUGUUCAAAUUGUGCUACCAGUUACCGAGAAACAUUCAGGCAUCCAUAAUGAAACCUUUUCACAGACUGGCCAACUAUAGGCGUGUUACUAAUCAUCUUUUUUCUCUAGUAUGCUUAUUCUCAGUUUACGAUGGUAUCUGAAUUCAACAAAAUAUUAUUUCCAUCAAUAGUGGCAAUCACUCGACUGCUUCAAAAUGAUAAUAAUGUUAUGCUUCUGUUUAAUAACGUAGUAAUUAUUAUUGUAUGUACUGAAUGUAAUGAUUUGCAUGCAAUUCCAUCCAAUGGCUUGGUUUUCACUGUUUUCUCCCAGUCUUCUUCAGGUAUUUAUCAGGUAGUAUUAUUUGUCUGAAGCUGCUCUUCUCCGUUGACGAAAUUUUUGCAAUGUGAGCGUCUCUUCACAGGUUGAUUUUAGAACAAUUAAGAAAUGUUCUUCAACAAGAUUUCAUAGAAAAUUUAUUAUCUAAACGCCAAGCAUCACCUAAAAUACUUGUCCCAUAACAAAGAGAGGAGAAGCUUGUCCCAUAACAAAGAGAGGAGAAGCUUGUCCCAUAACAAAGGUGUCAAAGCUUGUUGAAUCAAAGAGACGAAUAUUAGCAAAACCAUGGCUCUCUAUCAACCAAAAUCAUUUGUGCCAUUAUAGGAACCAAAGUCGCUUUGGAUAAAGAGGUUUUAGUUUGUGGCUUUUGAACUUUAGUUUUGUGGCUUUGAACUUUUGAACUCGGGACCUGUUCCUUGGCUGCCUUCCUUUCUUCAGUGUCCUGUAUAUACAGUGUACUUUAAUAAAAAUUACUGUUUAUCGGCGGGAUCAUAAAGUGCUCGAGACAGUAUAGGCAGAGCUGUACAUGGUAGUUGCCUGAUGGUCGCAUUAAGCGUGAGACUUGGAGUAGCAACUUAGCACCGUCCUUUUCUAGACACCAAAUAGCGUACUAUGUUCUUUAAAUGGGCUAAAAAAAGCAAGAAAGUAAACAAGGAAUAAACAAAUUUUUCAAACAUAGCCUAUUGGUACGAAGUAGUAUGGAUCAUAAAAUGGAUCAAGAUGGCAACAGUGAAAUAUGAUCCCAAUUGCAAUUCGUUCGUGUAUUCACCUUAUUCAGAAUAACAAAAUGGCAACACUUACUUCUCAUUCUUAUUCCAUUUCUAACAAGCCUCUAAUUUUUCAUGUUGGGGAGAAAAAACACUACAAAUUGACGCAGCAAGCAAACACAAAUGAAUUAUCUCCGCCUUCCAAAUGGCAGUGAUGACUUUCACGUCUGCAGACGGCCAAACGCUAACUUGGAAGCCAUUCCUCGUAACAUCUCUAUCUCUCUUUUACUGCGCCAUUUUUAAGGUUAGCAACUGAUGUUCCUGACGAAGAGUUAGUUGAUCUGGCGUUUGCAUAAAGUGCAAUACACCGGUGUUUUUGCUUCUUAUAAAUUAAAGGGAGUUCUUAUCUGCAAAUAAGGUUGUGCAUUGAAACUUAUAUAUCAUAAGAGAGGAAUCAUUUCCUUAAAAAUUAAACAACAGGAGUUCAGAAUAUUCAAGUACAAGGUAACUAUGUUAAGUAACCACACAUGUAUACAGGGUAAUAAAGUUUUUGAGAAUGGAGGGGAGCACUUACUUUGUUACUUCUUUCAUUUAAACUUGGGCAAACGAUUCAAAGCUCCUCUUGGUUUGCAGAUGGGGUGGCAAGGCAAGCCCAAGCUAACACGUGCCUCAAACGACCACCCUUGAAUUACCAUUAACAUCUUCUAGAUUUGUUGCAUAUUAACUUUGCUUUAAUUGUUUUACAUUUUGUUUCAUAAAACUUCCAGUUUUCAAAAUCAUGUUCCAUCUUAUUUGCAGAAUGACAAAAGAAAGAGGCAUUUUUGUGGCUAAAAUUCUAAAUCAUCUUUUUGAAAGAUGUUUUACAUACAUCACAAUAAUUAUUGAAAAUAAAAAAUGCUGGCCUUAUAUUUUUCAAAGAGAAUAAAUACCGAAGCAAAACCACUGUUACGAAUACACUCUGUGUUUGUUAAAAAUUCGCUUACAGAUUGAACUUCGUUUUCAGAGCUAGUAGCUGCUGGAGAGAGAUUCCUUGUCCUCCACAGACUAUGAUGACCACUGUUUUCACAUCAUCGAGUUUUUUCUGCUCUUGUAACUUUUUAAUUGAAUUUGCAUAAACUGAGGCAAGAGCGGCACCACAUGCUGGCUGAACAAGGAACUUGUGAUCAUCUAGAGAACAAUUGUAUCAAUAAAUUCAGGAUGCAACUGAAAGAUAACUCUGUUAUACUAUCAAUUUUUAACAAAGAAAGCUCUUAAAAAGAGACAAAACUUAGAAAAUUUAAUAUGUUAUUAUAAGGUGAAGCAUGAAAAGAAAUUAGUUUAUCAUGUUUUUGAGGAAUGGUUGGAUCAAGACAGACAUUUCUCCAAGCUUUCUAAUGAAAGAGCAGUUCUUACCUAGAAAUCGCAGACAAGCAUUUACUGCCUCCACAUCUUCAAUUACAUGACUUAUAAUUUUGUGUCUAAAUGUCCAGUGAAAUGAGGUUUCACACACAGUAACAGCUCCAAGGCACAUGGCAACACUAAAAUUUAAAACUUUGUAUAUUGACGAUGAAAGAGUCAGUGGUCAUGAGACAAAAUAAGAGACAAAGAGAGCAUAUUCAACUCAAUUAUUUAGCAGAAACUGACACAAACUUUGAUGUCUUUUAAGCAUGUUUAAUUAUAUGAUGUAUGAAUUUUGUACAUUAUGUACAGCAAGUACAUGAACAAUGAGUAACUUCCCUUGAUGACUAUGAUUGACAUGUUUUAAAAAAAUUUCUUUUUACAUAUUCUUAUUCUGAAUAUAAUGUUCUCACCUUGUUAUACCUGGUAGUGUGACUAUCUUCCCAGCAUUUACUGAUGCAGCAAAACUAUCUGCACCAAUGGUUUCCAUGGCCAAGAGUGGUACAUGUGACCAACCAGCUUCAUGCAUACCUUCAAGGACACCAUUCAUGAGGCCCCCUCCACCAACUGACAAAACCACUAAAUCUGGUGUAGUAUUGAGUUGCUCCUUCACUUCGUCAAUCAUGGUUUUAUGACCCUCCCUGCAAAAGGGUAAGUGGGCAAACUACAGAUUUUCUGUUAUUUGUUACUAGUGGAUAAGAUCAUGAAUUUAUUCAAUUUAUUGUUUCCUUAAUUGUUUAACCAAGAUUUAAAAUAUUCACAAGCAUUCUUUAGGUAUUAAAGAAAAACAUUUUUUUCUGUUUCCACUAUCUAAUUUUCUACAAAACCAUAGGAAAUCAAUGCAACCUGUUGAAAGUGGAGAUUUUGAAAAUGAAUUUCUUAAAAAGCUCGAAUUUUAGAAGUUUAAAAAAACAACGAAAAUUAUAAUGUUUUAAAUAAAUUUGCCAUAACACAGCAAUCACAGAAGAAAAGUGUCAACUGCACAAAAAACUGAUUUGCAAACAAUGUUUUUAUAUUGUUUCUUGCUUAGCAUAUAAGCGUCUUGUUGAAGUAUGCUUUAAGGAAAGUUUUUAGAAACAACAAUGUUACAAAAAAAAUAACCUUACAUGGAUACAUUAAAAGAACUAAUUACAUACCAUACUUCAGGCUCAUCAAAAGGGUGGAUCAGUGUGCCAUCUAGAAAAAAUUUGUUGAAAAAGUUCUUUCUUACAGUUAUUUUAGAUACAUUUCAUAUGACAAAGGAAUACCACUUAUUUUUACCAAGGAAUCAAGAUAAAUUUCAAAAACUACUCAAGUAUCAUAAAUAAAAUAAAAUAUGAUUCUGAUGGGACUAGCUGAGAGUGAGACAUAGGAAGAUCAAAAAGGAAAUGGAAUUAUAUCCGGAGCAUUAGCAAAAUAUAAAAAUAUACAUGUGAAUAUAUUUAUUAAACUUACUCUCAACCUUGCCAGUAGAAAUUAUUUCUUUUGCAAAUUCAUUAGCUUCAUCCCAAAACUAUAAUUUUGAAAAUAACAAGAAACUGUCAGUCAACACCAUAUCCACUAAAAUACAUAUCUUUCUCUUAUAAAUUAAA